GUCAUUCCGUCCAUGUGCUUGCCAAGUGCUCAUCGCUAAUCACCGCAGUCCUUCAAUUAUAUAUAGAAGCUCUUUGUCAUUCUGUGCCACGAAACCGCACCAAGUCAAGGGAUCAAAGGCAGAGCUUGCAAGGAAGCAUUCAUGGGAUGCAGAGCUUGCGAGAAGCCGAAGGUGAACUAUAAGAAAGGGCUGUGGUCGCCUGACGAGGACCAAAGGCUCAGGGAUUAUGUGCUUAGCCAUGGCCUCAGCUGCUGGAGCGCAAUCCCUGCCAAAGCUGGUGAUGACUUAGCUUCUUCAUGCUGUCCCUCUAUUUGUUAUUCAUUUGCUCGUUGCCUGUGUCUGGUAGGUUUGCAACGCGAUGGGAAGAGUUGCAGGUUGAGGUGGAUCAAUUAUCUAAGGCCAGGCCUGAAACGUGGCAAUUUUGCUACGGAAGAGGAGGAAACGAUCAUGAAACUUCAAGCCCAGUUGGGAAACAAGUGGUCACAGAUAGCAACGCACCUCCCUGGAAGAACCGAUAACGAAGUGAAAAACUACUGGAAUUCGCAUCUGAAAAAGAAAGUUUUACUGAAGUCUCAGAAACCUGAAACCCCUACUUGUGCGAGCUCCUCCUCUUCAGACUGCACCAACCAAAGACCAGUACUUGAGUAUGAAGGCUCACAUGGGCAGACUCUUUCAAUCGCAGAGCAUGCUGACUUGAGUCGAUCUGUCAAUGCACGUGAAGCUGCACUGUAUGACUUGCCCAGAGUCUUCUUUGGAGACUGGUGCUUUUUAAAUUUCGAUCCUGACAGGGGUGAUGAAGGUCUGUUUAGCUUGCAGGACUCCAGUUCCCAGGCAGGGAUUUACCAGUCGGGGUCAAAACCAGCGGCAACAGAAGUUGAUGAUGGAUUUGGAGUACAGCAUAAGGGAAUGAAUCAGAUUCAAGAUAUGAUGUUUGAUGCAUUGUUCCCUGUAUAGUUUAUGAAAGGAUGGGUACUGGGACAGGUUUUUUGUGAUUUAUCUUGGGCAUUCUUUUGUGAUAUUUUUGUUGUAAUUUAUUGCUCAUACAAGUUUCAUUACA